AUGGAAACUCCUCCACACUCGCCUGGCAACAAGACAGAAGUCGACAUUAUCGACAUUCGUUCCUCGACUCACGACAUCUCGCUGGUGAAAGAGCUCGAAGCUAGCCUAUCCGCAACUCCACCAAAGUUCCCAUCAUUACUUCUCUGGGACGAGAAGGGCUUGCAGAACUUCGAAGCUAUCACCUACUCUCCCGAGUACUACCUCACCAACUGCGAAAUCGAGCUGUUGAAACAACACAGCAACGAGAUCGCUCGACAAAUCGCACCCGGCUCUAUUGUUUUGGAACUCGGAAGCGGAUGCCUCAGAAAAAUCAAGAUUCUGCUCGAUGCGCUAGAAGCCCAACAUAAGCCCGUGGACUACUAUGCCCUCGACUUGAGUCGUUCUGAACUCGAAAGAACUCUCAUGGACAUCUCGCCUUCGUCAUUUCAAUAUGUGAAAUGCCAUGGUCUUCUAGGUACCUACGACGAAGGCCUGCGCUGGCUACAAACCGAAUCACUCGCGAUGCGUCCGAAGUGCAUCCUAUCCCUUGGAUCCACCAUCGGUAGCUCAUCAGGCUCUGAGGCGGCCGAGUUCCUCGGUGGCUUUGUUCAAGCCGUGAAGAGCUCAAAACAGAAGACCUUAUUUGUUGUAGGUGUCGACGGAUGCAAGGAUGGUGAUAAAGUAUGGCAUGCCUACAAUGACGCAGAGGGUUGCAAUCAUCGCUUCAUCUCCAACAUCUUGCACCACGCUAAUAAGGUACUGAAUCACGAAACCUUUGACCCAAAGGAGUGGACUGUCAGAGGAGUGUGGAAUGCCGAGCAGGGAAGACAUGAGCAAUACCUUGUUCCUCAAAGAGAUUUAAAUGUCAGAGGCGCGAACUUGAAGGAAGCCCACGGUCUGCAUGUUGUCAGCAGCCACAAGUUCGAUGAGGAGGAGCAAGAGAAAAUGUGGGAAGACGCAGGUCUGCAACUUCAGAGCUGCUGGAGGACUGAGCCCCACAAGUACGCUUUAAACGUGCUGUCUGUAGAGGACACUCUCGACCCUUCGGAGUACAGCCCAUAG